AUGACAGCAACACGUAGAAGACAACAACAAACUUCAACAACCAUAUCAUCAACAUCAUCACCAGAUAAAGAUAUAAAGAAUAUAAUCAAAAAGAAAAAGAGUAAUAAUAAUGAAGGAGGAUUAGGUAAACAAGUAGAAGUAGUAGAUCAAGCAGGAACAACAAUGGAAAUGGAUACAGAAGAUGAAGAACAAUAUGACGACGAUGACCAAGACUACGAUCAAGAUGAUGAUCAAGAUGAAUCUGAUUUAAUUGAUGAUGAUCAUCAUACACAUAAUGGAAAUGGUCAUGGAGAAGAAGAAGAAGAAGAAGAAGAAGAAGAAGAAGAAGAAAAUGAUGAUGAAGAAGAAAAAGAAGAAGUUUCCUCAAAAGUUAAUAAUAACAAUAAUAAUGGAACCAAAUCAAUUUAUUAUGAUACCGAUCAUUUAAAGAAUAUUACUCCUUUAUUAUCUCAAAGAGGUCAAUUAAAUCAUCGUAUCAAUACUGCAUCAUCGUACAAUGGAGGAGAUGGAGGUGACUUGGAUUCACCAACAACAAACUACAAGAAAAAGGAAUUUGAUUUGGAUGUUGACAACAAUCAUCAAAGAGAGAAACCAAACCAUGGUGAAUUUGACCAUCUACCAGAGACAUCCAAUUCUUGGAUACCAUCUAUUCUAGCUGUAUUCCUCAUCACUGUAUUUUUUACAUUUUGUGUUGGUAUGGGUUCUCAUGGUCCAACUUCAAGUUCAGGACUAUUUAGAAAACAACAAAUUGAUAAGAGUAUAUUUAAUAGACCUGAAUUUAAUGAAACCUUUUUAAAAGAGGUAAAGUUGUCGUUGGUGGAUGGCGACAAGGUUGGAGAUCAUGUUGGUGUGUUGACACAUGCAUUUGCAUACUGCUUUAUCAAGGAUCCCAUGUGCGUCAAAUGGCUGUCGAUGGAGAACUACCAGAACCCAGACUCCAACAACAAGGAGGACUUGAAACUAGACGUACUGUCAGUGUCUGGUAAAUGUGAUCGUGCCAUCUUUAUCAUCGAGUACAAGCAGCCUGAACUACUCAGUAUGCUUGAAUCCAUGUUGGACGGUACUGCCAUGUCAUCUCCACGAGACACCAACUCUUUUACUCUAAAUCAUACAUUUAUAGUUUUAUCUGAAUUGGGUCAAAAUCCUUUGGAAGAUGAUGAUGACACUAACAAUAAUAAUAAUAACAAUCAACAUAAUGACAACCAACAUGACAAAUUACCAGCAUUGACCCAAGAGUUUUAUAGUCAUUCUGAAAAACAAAAGAUGGAUGCUGUAUUGGAUAUAUCAAAGGUUCGCGAAGCAUUGGUUAGCAAGAUGACAGUGAUUGCCAAGACUGAGAAUCAACAUCGUCUCAUUACUCGAUUCAAAACAAUGAUACCAUUCAUCGACCUUGAAUUACCACAUACCGAACAAUGGCAAGAAAUUGAAAAUCAUUCAACCAACUAA